AUGGAUGCAACAUAUACAAAGCAUCUUAGCGAAAGUAUUCCUCUCUCCGACGCGCCCAAAACAUCGACUCGAAAACGAAGCACCACGCAAACCCCACGCAAAGCACGCCUCGCACAACAAGAAGACAUUCCUUGGACCGCAGCACGAUGCAACAGACUCCUGCGAACCAUUGCCUCUCGCAUACACAUUUUACGGCGAUUAUCUGAGAAUGACUUUGCCGAGCAAGCACUCCGCACACCGAAAGUGAAGCGCAAGCGCGAUGUAGCAGAGGAUGCGGCAGUCGAGAAGCUUGGGAUGAAGUUGGCUGCGCUGGAGACGCCGAGUCGUGGAGAUGAUCCAGAGUGGUUUCCUGGAACUGGGAAGAAGGGCGUGAGGAGGACGUAUGGUGGCAGAAGGAAUGCUAGGAAGCCUGAAACCGACACUCAUUCAAAGGACAGCAGAGGCGAUGUUGGGUUUAGGACGCCGUUCAUCAGGAAGAUCUUGCGUCCGGAGGCUGCUGUGUCGCCGGCGGAUGAUGUAUACUCCACUUCAAGCCGGAUGGCGCAGAUGGGAAAGAAAGGAAGACAGGAUGCGAUACAGCCGAAGACGCAUGCUGAAAGGGCCCUGAAGACGCUGCUGGAUUCGUUUGAUAGCUUGUUGGCAAGCACAGAUCCGAAGGUCGCGGAGUCGAGAAGAGGUGCGGGUUCAUUGCUGGGGAUGUGUUUGCGCAAGGUGCCGGCCUAUAUCGAUUACGAGCAGAAAUAUGCGGAGGAGGAAGAGGACGACUGGGGGUUCGAUGCGAUUGAGACCGUGUACCUGGAUCUCGAGAGGCUAGGAAGAGUCUCGUGGCACGGGUUGCGCCGGGUCACAAGGGCGCAUGCGGUGAGGAUGAUCAUCGACGCCAUGGCCGAGCGAAUGUGGCCGCUGAGGAGCCUGGAUUCGCUCAUGGAUAUCUGCACAAAGCACCAUGCGGUCAAGGAGGGCCAUGAGCUAUUGCGAGCCUGGUUGGUAAGCUCGAAGGGGAAGAUCGAGAAGCCGGUCGAGAAGUUCGUGGAAAUGGCCUUGAGAUCGGACAGCAAUGGCUUCUUGUUCAGGACUCUGGGCGAGCUGCUUUCGUCUGAGAUACUGGGAUGUACAGAGGUGGCUUCAGUCACGGAGCUCUGGCACGCAUUACCUGUCGCUAUGGCCAGGAGAUCCUCUCAACGUUGCGCCAUCGGCUUCCUUGAGCAGUACGCAAGUGCAUGCAGCAAGCUUCAGGACAACGGAGACGAGGAGGCAGCUUCCAGCGAGCUGAAUGCGCUGUGCUCUACGGUGCCGCUACACACCACCCUGCCGCUGCUCACUUCCAUGUGUCUAAUGGCAAGUCACCGAGCCGGUCUGCAAGAAGGCGAAGCAGAGGCAAUGUCCGGCGAAUUGCAUCGAGUCGCCCUGAACAUUGUCCGUAUUCCGACGAGACACGACACUCCCUGCGAUCCGGUCAUAUGUCUGAAGGUCCAGGAUUUGUUCUUGACCACAGCCAUUUUGGUCGGAGCCGUGCGAGGAGAUUCCGAGGCUUCGAGCGAAACCGUCGGCUUCGGAGCACUCUCAUGCCUGCUCUACGGAGACUCGCAAACAGGGUCGGCAUCAAGGAGGCGGUUGGUCAAUCUCAACAGGGACCGGGCGGCGCUCGUGUGCAAGGCGAUCAAAUGCGUGGAGUCCUUGGAUAAAUCAGCAGCACAGGCCAUCGCCAGACGGGCUUGUACGGGAUUGAUGCAGGCUGCGGAUACGGUUACCGAUAAAGGCGCUUCGAUCAUGGCAGAUCUAGCCGUCGAGGUCGCUGCAACGUGGGCGGAAUACCGAGGCGACAACGACAGCUAUGCAUUCGCCGACGACAUCCAGCGAGAGGCUCUGAUCUGCUCAAGCGAUCCUGCUAACCACGAUCCGUCAAGCUCUUCGGGCGAAGUCGGUGGCUAUCGAUGGGAGGAAGGCAUCGGCGAGUGGGUGGCCGCCACUCCUGCUGAGCGGAUUGCCAAAGAGCAGAAGUCUAGGGAAGGCUCCGUUAUCAGUCAAGACUCUGGUAUUGGGAUGAGUGAGCCAGUGAGCCCGAAGGUCAAGCCCAGCGAAAUGAGCGGCGAACAGCCUGAUCAAGCCGACUCGCCGCCUGGUCUCAUAAGCGGCAGCUCGUCGCCGGGAGAAGUCGAUUCGCCAGAGCUGGUAUACCAUGCACAAAGUAUAGAAAUGGCUGCCGAGUAUGGCUCAUCUCCACUGAGUGGCAAGCUGGGUGCAAGGAGACAGGAGCCUACGACGGAAGCAGGAACCGAACACACAUCUCCGAAACCUCGAGAUGCGCAAGACGAACAUGACAUCGACCUCCUGACGCCAUGCUUGCUGAAGCCGGGCGGGACGAUCCAGCUGGCCCCAGAGCAGGAUACAUUCGACGACCGCGACGAGCUCUCCAUGACUCCAUGCCGGUCCAAAGCCGUCCCGGUCGCCACGGACCGCCUAAAGCUCUCUGUCGAGCCAACGCAUCCGGACGACACAACCAAGCAGCCGUCGUCUCCAGAUCCCACUGUAGCAAAUCACCAUGUUCAGGACGACAAGGACGAGCUCUCCAUGACUCCAUAUGCUGUCCGACAGGCCCAGACACCCGUUCCUGAGCCGAAGAAGGCAGCCACAAGGGCACGAAGACGUCCUAGAAGAGCCGUCGAGACCACACCUGCGAGGAUGACUCUGCGCUCGCAGCAGAAGCGUGCACGAGUCCAAGCCGUUCCUUGCUCAGGCGGUGUUAGUGACGAUGAGCUUGGUGCUUGA